AUGAGCGUGCGGCCGAGAGGAAUGACUCUUUCCAUGCUCAGGAUAGGGCUCUUUAAGACUCCGGGGCUUGAUGAAUAUGGAACAGCUGCUGUUGGCUGGCUCCGAGGGGCUGGACUUAAAGCGACAGAGGGGCCGGCGGAGCUCCGGGAGGAGGGCUGCUGCGCUCACUGUGCGCCCAGAGGAGCCAGACAGCAGCCAGCACGCUACAAGACCAACACGGGACAACAAUGGGAGACAACCACAGGACAGACCCGAGAUGUAGAGCUAGAGGAUCGCUCCUUCUCCUCUUUUCCACCCGGGCUGAAGCAGAGGGUUGCGGGAGAGACAACUGUGUGCUGCGGCUGUGUUCCUCUGCGUGUGCCGGUUCAAAGUCACAUCCCCGCGGUCACACAUCCACCCCUCCUUCGGCGUGCGCCCUGCGAAGAAUCCAACACCUCCCGCGAACACCCGGUUUUACCAGAAUCCAUGUGGUACCCGGAGACAAAUUCACUCAUCCAAACGCCAGGAUCAAAAGGUUUCUCCAUGUACCGGAAGGUGUUCCCAGGCCAGGGCCCGAACCAGAGAUGA